AUGUCGAAUACCACUCAGGCUACUGAUGCAUUUCAGAAUGACGAAGUUGAGAGACAUUCAAUUGAUACACAACUUGAAUCUACAUCUCAAUUACUUGUUGAUAUUGUUAAUGUCACUUAUGAGGAGAUAGAUGAUGGAGAGAUGUCCAACAGUGAAAAUGAAUUGGUACUAACAGAAUAUAUUAUUAUGGCUGAGCAGCAGGCAGUAGCACCCCGUUGCUACAAGGUUAUUAGAGUUGUUGGAGAUACAUUUGUUCCUGAUGGCCACCGGGUAGCCUCUUAUAUCACUAGUAAGUUUAAAGAACGAAAAAGGUAUACAUGGAAAGAUGGUCAAAAAGAACAGUUUAAAGCUACAUGGAAUAGUUAUUGUGCUAAACUGUAUAGAGACCUUAUGUAUUAUAUCAGGAAAAAGGGCACUAGGCCAGCGUAUGUUUCGGAGACGAUAUGGAGUGCAUGGACGACCACCUGGGUUGCAGAAAGAUGGCGAGAAAAUGCUGAAAAUGCUCGAUCUAAUAGGAAUACAGAGUCAGGUGGCCCGAGUACCGAAAUCGCUCGGCAUAUGUCAGGAUCGAAAUCUAUUGUUGAGCAUGCAAUGGAUUUGGAGCAUGAUCUUGCUCGACAGCCCACAUGCAUGGAGGUAUUUCUGAAGACCCAUAAGAAGAAAGAUGGGUCAUUUAUCGAUACUUGA